CGUUAUAAAGCUGACUUCUAGCUAGAAAUGCUCGUAUAGACCAAGAAGCUAAAGUCAACUUCAUCUUCUACAAGUGCCCUUGAAAAUUAUCCUCCUCUGUAUUCUUCCCUCUUAACUCUUCAAGACCUAUCUUGUCUUGUAAACCUAAAAUCUUGUUUAACCAAAAUUAACUUGUCAUGGCUCAAACCGAUCAACAACAAGCUCCAGAAAUAUAUGAACCGGCUUGUCAGGUGAAUCCACCACCUGCACCACCGAUAGGGUACCCUCAAGGUCACUAUGUUGCACCACCACCAAUUGGUUAUCCCACUAUGGAUGAUUCAGGUUACCCUUCCAAGCAUACUCCAGAGACCAAAAUGAGAGGAUCCAUUGAAAUUCAGUGUUGCUGCUUUGUCUGGAGCAAGUCGUCCUAGCUUGUGCUACGUACUAGAUAUCAUAUGGACAUCUCGAUUUGCAUUUCGUGGGUAUAAAUGUUCCCUUUCAUUUGAAUAAAGAAAAAAGAAAAGAUAAUUGUGCUGUUCUAGUAUCAUAUGCUUAAUAGCAUAUAAAUACAUGCAAGGCUGUGUUUUUUCAGUAUGGUGAUUGACUUUGCAAAAAACUGAUUUUGUCUCCUUUAAUGACCUUUAAAAAGGGAGGUCUUUCCAUUCCUGAUUAUUGAAUUUAUGAAGGGUUUGAUUGCAAGAAAAA